AUGUCAAGUCAGUUUCUAUACCUAUAGAAAUACCCCUACAUAAUUAAUUGAUAAUAUAAUAAAAGUAGUACCUACAUACCUAUCUUUAAUAUCUUCAAUAUUUUUUUGUGAUAAUUUGCUUUGCUUCAAUGAAACAGACUGGUAGUUAAAUUUAACAAGUAAUAAUGGUGAUCCCACUAUAUGUUGAAGAAGGUGUCGCGUAUGUUUGGAAUGCUGAUGAUUGGCAUCUUCUUCGAACAGAACAUCGAAUAUGUGGUUCCUUGAUCGGGUCAAUUGCCUCUUAUCCUAGGCAAAAUGAUUAUCUAGGUUUGCCAAUGGCACUUAUGCCAGAAGAAGCAGCACUUCUUGUGGAUAAUGGUACAUGCAAAUUGUUUGUUUUGGAAAAUCUUAUAAAUAAACCAACAAACAAGCAAAAGGUGGAAUAUAAGGCACACAUAAAUAGGGUAUCAGAAGAACAAAAAGAAGUGCUGAAGAAGAAGAAAAUAGAGCAAAUGUCACAAAAAAUUGACAUAAUUAUAGCUGGGAAGAGGCAAAAAUUGUUAUCUAAGGGUAUAAAAGAUGUCUUCUUGGAUAAACAGACAUUAUUACAGGAAGAAAUAAAUAAGUUGCCAGUAUUGCCUUCUGCUCACCUUUUGGUACAUUUGCCAACAGAAAUCAACAUAGAGACAGAUAGAAAAGAAACCAGUAAAGACAUACUUCUUCCUUCUAUUGAAACCCCAAAGGGCUCUCUAAAAUACACAGUUUUUAGAGAUCUAUGGGAAAAGGGUCAUCAUAUUACUGAUGGCGCAAAAUUUGGUUCAGAUUAUCUUGUCUACCCAGGUGACCCUGUAAAAUUUCAUGCCAUGUACAUGGUAAGAUGUAUAUCUGAUGAAGCUAAACUAUUUCAGCCUUCAAAUCUUGUUUCAUAUGGAAGGUUGUCAGUUGCAGUAAAUAAGUUAGCAGUAUUCGCAUUUCGUAACAGCUUCGGGAAAAUCGAAUAUCAGACAUUGCAGUGGCAUGAUAGUGCAAGUUGAUAAUAAACAAUGUUUUCAAUAAGUAAUUAGUUGUUUUAUUGAAUACAUAAUUUAAAAAAGCAAAUCUUCAUUCUAAUCGCAGUAUGAAACUUGUAGAGACAAGAUUUGAUUUUUAAGCUACAUUUUCUGGAAAUUCCGGAGCGAAGCAAAAGCAAGUA